UUUUGAGGGAUGGAAAACAGCCUUGGAGCCCGAGAAUUUCAACCUUAUCUCCAUUCUGAAAUUCCGUCGAACAAAAGAUGACUUCUCGCUUAACAAGUCCGUUGAGCAUACUCGUAUUUCAAAGUUCGUUUCACAAGUUGCAAACACAGAGGAAAGAAAGUGGAGCGAGGUAGCUUCUGACUUAAAUGUAUCUAAGGUGAUGUCUUUACCCGUUGUUUUAAGUUCGCAAGCCCGAUGGGAAAUUGUAAAAUCAUUUUGGGAUAAGAUCGAAUUUGAAACAAGUACACAGUUAAUGGUGAAGAAGGUCGAUCAAAUUGAGGCGGAACAACAAGUUCAGGCAACCAAUAAUGCCUCAAUUCAGAUGAAUGUAAUUCAGAAGGACUUUAUCAACAAGAGUUAUCUGAGGGGGUGCGACCAUGAUCUACAGGUUGAUGGGGAAACAUCAAAAGAGGUGAGACCAAGUUAUCGACAGGAUGAAGAAUCGACAACAGCCAAGAUGAAUGAAGAGAACCACCAUUCGGAAAAUGAUUUGAGAGAAGCGACUGACUCAAUGGUUGGGAAAGUAGAAAGAACACCAUUGAUGGUGGACAACAUUGACCUGGAAGAAAUUUUCAUAGAUUAUUGCGAUAGAUGCGAAAACAUCUUUGAUUUAUGUAAUAGCGAUAUCAUGGAUAUGAGACCUAGUUCACACUUCACGAGAGAAAUUGCGGAAGAAUCUUGGAGUAAAUUUGUGCUAGAUACAUAUCCUGAGCAUAAUAUACCCAAAGGAUGGAAAGAUUUUAUACAAGAAUUUUUCAAGCCGAAGGAUAGUUUACAAGAUUGGAAAGAUGCUUGGCGUGGACUUUACAAAAACGAAAUCAAUGAAAAUGAAAUUGAUGAAGACUUGUUAGAAGCGGUUCAUAAUAUACUUGGACCAUAUAUUGAAGCUUUUGAAGCUCCAUAUAAUGUACUGAAAUCAGGGGAUCUUGAAGAGAAUCAAUUUAACGCGCAAUUUAUAAGCCCAAUAUUAAAAAAUGCACUCAAGGUUGUCUGUAGCGUUGAUUGGAGAAUACUCGAAGUACCGGUUAAAAGUAGUAAGUCUCGUCGUAAUGCAAAUAUAAAUCCAUUUAUCGACAAAGUAUUGACCUCAAAGCGUGCAGAUGGAAUUGCUCGUCUCUGGGAGGAUCACGAAGAAGUAUUCAUAUAUGAGCAAACGGGACCUCCAGACUUCGAUGAUAUCACGGAAUUUCACAUCCAUGACUAUAAGUUGGUUAGAACUAUGCGAGAUGUGUUAAACCAACGCAUAAUCCUUCGCCUUAAAAGUGGGAUGUACGAUCACAAGGAACUAUCAAGUUUUGGUGCUUUUGGUCAUCAAACUGAAGUAUCGUUGUAUUGGUGUACAAUACAUCAAAGGGCAUAUUGUAUUCGUGAAUAUGGAAGUUUUAAGGUUCCUAUAAUUUGGCAGGACCUCUCUGUUAUAUCUGAGGCGAUUAUAAUAUGCCUUAAAUUUUUUGUGAGUAUAACAAAGCAUAUUUUUACUUUAUUACCAUUCUUACUAAUACUUAUCUAUGUUCAGUUCUUUAUGAAAAAAAAUAUUCAAAAGAAGAAAUUAUGUAUCGAGCAAGAUGAGCAAAAAAAUAAGUUGCUGGCUAAGCGAAAGGUUCACAUUUUAAAGCAAAACACACCAACACCGAAUCGCCCUAAAAAGCAAAAGAAGUAG